UGCUUGGAAAGCACGUUAUGUUUGUGGAUACUAGACUGUUUUUGGACGGUUUUACUCAAAUCUUGACAAUCUGCUGGUCAAAUAACACCAAUAAGAUGGUGUUAUGAAGGUUCAGGAAGUCUGCUGGUGGCAGGCGAUUUAGCUUCGUUUGGUCUCUACAGUCAUCACCUGUUUUGAUGACUGCGCUUUGCUGGAGAUAUUUUUCGCUGACGGUCCUCUGUAAAUGUUUUUGCCCCGUUUCUGGGUUUUUGUUUCAAUAAUUCUAAUUGUCACCUGUUGUUCACGCAUCGAUGGUUUUUGGUUCUUCUCUUGUCCCCAUGGCAACGGUUUUGGACAGGCUGGUGAUGUUUGCUCGGCUUUCUGUCGUUGCGAACCCUCAAACACGUGCGAGGCGGGAAUACAGAAAUGCGCGCCACCUGGAAGGUACAGAGACCGCUGUCAUGCUACGAGACCGUGUGCGACUGGGCUCAGUUGUCAUCCGGGAGUUCAGAAAUGCUUCCACGUGCCUCGUCGUCAUGGUGAGCCGUGUGUAGCGGGUUAUGCAUGUGGCAGCGGUCUCUCUUGUGAGCCUGGAGUUCAGGCAUGUUAUUACCGCCCUCGCCAAUACAACGAACCCUGUUCUGCGGGAUAUUCCUGUGCUCCAGGACUCAGCUGCCAACCAGGUUAUCAGAGAUGCUUGCAUCAUCCGAGGCUAGAAAAUGAGAGGUGUUCGGUGGGAUACGCAUGCGCUGAUGGUUUGGUCUGUAGACUGUGUGACAAGCCAUAUGCCACUUGUCAGCUUUCGCGCGUACCUGCUUUAACAGAGCAGGACUAUGGCAGACCCUUUAACAAAGUGGCAUUCCUUGUUACCCAUAAUUCCUUCUCGCAUUCUCCAAAUUUUGCUGUAUGGGCCCGGAAUCAACGUUUUAGUGUCAGUCAGCAGUUAAAGGAUGGUGUGCGCGGUCUCAUGUUAGAUAUAUAUCCAGGAUGGGCUGCAGCGGAGGUUCGUCUUUGCCAUUCGUCUUGUUUCUGGAGCGGAUCAAUAGACUUGUUAAGCACGUUGAUUGAAAUCAGAAAAUUCCUGGAGAGUAAUAUCCGAGAAGUUAUCACAAUAAUUUUUGAGGAUUACUUAAAAAAUCCCACAAUCUUGAAAACAGUGUUCGAUCAAGCAGGAAUUUCUCCUUAUGUGCUACUGAAAGACAACUGGGGUGAUGGGUUCACCGAUUGGCCCACUCUAAAUGCCAUGCGCAGAUUAGGUAGACUGGUGGUGUUUAACAAUAACGGCCUUCACGGAUUCCCAUAUACUGAGGUCAACAUGUGGAGUUAUGUUAGAGAGAAUCGUUAUGGAAGUCCAGGUAGAAACGAGAGGGAAUGUGUAGAUCGCGGAGAGUCUCGGUGGAAUGCUUUCUGGAAUGACCGCUGGAGCCUGGUGUUGGUAAAUUGGUUUAAUACCCUGGCCAAUCCUCUUGAGCCAUGUCUUAAUUCUUUCCAGGAGAUAAGAAAGAAAUUAAACACUUGCCAUGACAAAUUUGGUUAUUGGGCAAAUUUUAUAGCGGUCAAUUAUUAUACUGCAGGUUCAGGAGGCGGAGCUUUUCAAGCUGUCAAAUGGCUGAAUAAUAAGUUCAGGGGGGAAACUUCAGUAUCGAAGAUAAGGAAAGCUUCCGUUAUUCCAUUCCCUGACGUAGUCACUCAAUGGGAUGGAGCCAAUCAACAGCGUCAGACGAAACCCAUUCCAAAGCAAGACAUGAUUGACGGACCAGGGUAUGUCUCUUUAAAUGGGUUGAAAGAAAUAGCACAACUAAAACCAUCAGCUCUGCUUCAACAAGAAAUAGCACUGCUUCAAACGCUCAUAUGGCUUCACGUGGGCGGAUUUCACCAAAUGAAAGAAUUAGCCAAGGUAGUCAGCUGA